UGAGUUGCAAGACGCGGUUACACAGGGAGGAAGUUCCCUGAAACCUGGAGGCUGUGUUGUCUGAUGAAGCGGACGGAUCCGAGAGCCAUGGCGAACAGGAUAAAAAGCGGCACUAUUGCUACUGUUUUAUUUUACCUGUUGACUUCAGGGCAAGUCAUUGAGCAGGAUGAUGAUUCACAGGGGCGUUCUGAGAAAGUAGAAUUAUCCCCGCUCUCGAGUUUUGAGUGCAGCUGACAUCCGUCAAAUUGUAUCCCAGGCUGAUGUUUCUCAAAUGUGGAAAAUGGACUUGCAACCUAUGCUCAUUGAAAGAGUUUCUGGAUCACUAGGGAAUUUUGUAGUGCGUCAACACAUAAAGCAACGUUUACAAAGACUGACGGGAUGGUUGAUAGAGGAAGAUUCUUUUGAAAGUCUAACUCCUUAUGGAUAUGUGACAUUCUCCAACAUUAUCAGUACUCUUAAUCCUACUGCAGAGCGUCAUUUGGUUCUUGCUUGCCAUUAUGAUUCAAAAUACUUCAGUCCGCAAUGGGAUCGCAAAGUGUUUAUAGGUGCAACUGACUCUGCUGUUCCGUGUGCGAUGAUUUUAGAAGUAGCACGAGUCCUAGACCAUCGUUUACAACAAUUAAAGCAGAAAAACACAGAUCUUUCACUAAAGCUGAUUUUCUUUGAUGGCGAGGAAGCGUUUUAUCGAUGGUCACCAUAUGAUUCCCUCUAUGGAUCACAGCAUUUAGCACAAAAAAUGGAAAAUACUCCUCACCCACCCGGUGCCAAAGACACAAAUCAGCUUGAUGGAAUUGAUUUGUUUGUUCUACUUGAUUUGAUUGGAGCAGCAAACCCAAUUUUUCCAAGUUAUUUUAAAAAUACCCACAGAUGGCACAAGAAACUUCAAAGUAUUGAAAAAAGACUUCACAGUUUAAAUUUACUAAAAAAUCAUUCUCCUGAUGUCAAGUAUUUUCAAAGUAGUUUGCGUGCACGGCCAGUUGAUGAUGAUCAUGUACCGUUCUUACAAAGAGGUGUUCCAGUUCUCCACCUUAUUCCUUCUCCGUUUCCAAAUGUUUGGCACACAAUGGAAGACAAUGAAAAAAAUCUUCAUCCUGAUACUAUUGAAAACAUCAGCAAAAUGAUUCAAGUGUUUGUAGUAGAAUAUCUCAAAAUAUAGUUUGUACUCACCAUUGGUUUAAUUAUAGAACAUUUCCCACUUGUAACAUUUGGUUGUUUAUAUUGGCCCACAAAGCAAUUGUAAUUUCCUGAGUAUAUACAAAAAAAUAGUAUUGCAUCGUGAAAUAUGUUUUUAUUGGACAUUUCAUAAUCCUAUACCAAUUUCUUUUACACUAUUCUACUGGACUAACAUAGCUAUCUCAAGCUACAGAAAAAAAUAAAGGGUACAUUUUCAAUUUCA